AGGAGUACCAGUUUACAAUUAAGACUUGGGUACUAAUCUUAAUUUUUAAUAAAGUCAAUUGUUGGAGCGGUUUGUUUCUCUUCUUUCCACUCUUCUACUGCUACUGCUACUCCCUGCUGUGAUUUGACGGUGUGUUUGACUAUGGCGGCGGAGGACGGGUGGUGUGUGGUCACUGGAGGUCGAGGAUUUGCUGCUCGUCAUUUGGUUGAAAUGCUAAUCCGAUGCAACACGUACUGCGUUCGCAUCGCCGAUUUGGGACCCACCAUUGAACUUGAACCCUCCGAGCAAUUGGGGAUUCUCGGCCAAGCAUUGCACACUGGUCGUGCUCAAUAUGUCUCAAUCGAUCUUCGCAACAAAGCCCAAGUUUUAAAAGCAUUGGAAGGAGCUGAGGCUGUGUUCCAUAUGGCUGCUCCCAACUCUUCUAUUAAUAACUACCAGCUGCAUUAUUCCGUCAGUGUUGAAGGAACAAAGAAUGUCAUUGAUGCUUGUGUGGAGCUAAAAGUGAAGAGACUCAUUUAUACCAGUUCUCCUAGUGUUGUUUUUGAUGGAGUUCAUGGAAUUCAAAAUGGGAACGAAACAUUGCCUUAUCCACCUUCGCAUAAUGACCAUUAUUCAGCAACAAAAGCACAGGGUGAGGCAAUUGUCAUUAAGGCUAAUGGGACUGGUGGACUCUUGACAUGCUGCAUACGCCCUAGCAGCAUUUUUGGGCCUGGUGAUAAACUGUUGGUGCCUUCACUGGUUGAUGCUGCCAGGGCAGGGAAAUCCAAGUUCAUUAUUGGUGAUGGUAAUAACAUAUAUGAUUUCACAUAUGUUGAAAAUGUGGCUCAUGCCCAUAUAUGUGCCGAUCGAGCUCUAGCUUCAGAGGGAACCAUUUCAGAAAAAGCUGCAGGAGAGGCAUAUUUCAUCACGAAUAUGGAACCUAUAAAGUUUUGGGAGUUCAUGUCUCUGAUUUUGGAAGGUCUUGGAUAUCAAAGGCCAAAAAUAAAGAUCCCUGCCUUUGUUGUCAUGCCAAUUGCACAUUUGGUGGAGUGGAUAUAUAGGCUGCUUGGCCCAUAUGGGAUGAAGGUGCCUCAGCUGACCCCUUCAAGAAUAAGACUCUUAUCUUGCACCAGAUCUUUUGAUUCCUCAAAAGCAAAGGAUCGCCUUGGCUAUGCACCCAUCAUAACUCUACAGGAGGGCAUGCGGAGAACAAUUGAAUCAUAUCAACAUCUGAGGGCCGAAAAUCAACCUAAGUCUAUAAGAGAAGGUCCCUCCAAAGCUUCUGUAUAUCUUGGAAGUGGAAGAGUUGCUGACACAUUGCUUUGGAAGGAUAGAAAGCAAACUUUCACUACAUUGUUGGUCUUGAUAGCAAUAUAUGUCAACUUCAUUGCAUCUGAGAAUACCUUCGUCACUGCUCUUACAAAGCUUCUAUUGUUCACAUCGAUCUCUUUAUUUGUUCAUGGCAUUCUUCCUGCAAAAAUAUUGGGGUACACUGUUGAGAAAAUACCCACGUCAUGGUUUAACUUAUCAGAAGACACGUCACAUCAAAUUACGCUCUCAGUAGCCUCAUCUUGGAAUUUUGCUGUGAAUGCUUUAAAAUCCCUUGCUGAAGGGAAUAAUUGGGGGUUGUUCUUCAAGGUUAUUUUCUCUUUGCUCAUUAUUAGCUUCCUGGGAGCUUUUUCAUUUCAGAACUUGUAUACUAUAGGACUUGCCUUAGCAUUUAUAGCUUUCUAUGUUUAUGAAAAGAAGGAGGAAGACAUUGACGGCAUAUUUAUAAAAACACAUACUUUUGGGUGCAAAUUGAAAUCUGAUUUCACCAAGAAGUUUCUUACUUCAAAGAAGAAUGAUUGAUAGCUUGUAGCCCUAGAUUUUUCUUAGAUGAGUGGGCUGAUGUAUAUUCAUUUACUCCACGUUGGAGUUCCUUGUACGAUUGUACAAUAAUUGUAAUCUAAUUUGAUAUAUUCGUCCAACUUUUGUUUUUGAGAUAUUGAUUGAUAUUCAGUCAACUUAGAAAAAAUUCCUUUUAUGACAA